AGAACAUAUCUUUUCCUCAGCUUGAUUCCCUUGUACGCUAGACUUUUACCAUGACUUCCAUCGGCACUGGCUAUGAUCUAUCUGCAAGUACUUACUCACCGGACGGCCGUAUCUUCCAAGUAGAAUACGCGAACAAGACCGUGGAGAACUCUGGAACUGUUAUUGGAUUGCGCGUGAAGGACGGCAUUAUUCUCGCCGUGGAGAAGCUAGUCCAUUCAAAGCUCUUGGUACCAGAAUCCAAUAGACGGAUACUAACAGUUGAUAGACAUAUUGGAAUGGCAACGUCUGGUCUACUCGCAGACGGCAGACACUUAGCAAACCGUGCGAGAGAUGAGGCGUACAACUACCGAGAGAUGUACCGCGAAUCCCCACCAUUGAAGGAAGUUGUCCAGCGAUUGGGACUCUAUGUUCAAGCGUAUACCCUAUAUUCCUCCGUCCGUCCAUUUGGUGUUAGCACAAUCUUUGGUGCUGUAGACAAGACUGGCCCUGCACUGUUCAUUGUUGAGCCAAGCGGUAUUUCUUACGGUUACCAUGGUGCAGCCAUAGGUAAAGGCCGACAGAUUGCCAAGACUGAACUGGAAAAGCUCAAGCUCGCCGAACUCUCGAUGCGCGAAGCAGUUUUCGAAGCGGCUAGGAUCAUCCAUCUUGUGCACGACGAUUCAAAGGAGAAAGAGUUCCAACUUGAGCUCUCCUGGAUCGGCGAGGAGACGAAAGGGCUGCACUUGCCUGUGCCGAAGGAUCUGUGUGAGGAGGCAGAUCGAAAAGCAAGAGAGGCGUUGGAGACGUUCGAGUAGUGGACUAGUGAUGUAUCGCAUAUAUUCUGUAAUUCGUACUGGAUUUCAUCUCUAAUAUCUGGUAUGGUUCUCAACCGACGCGAAUGCGACCUCGCAACUUAAGAAGACCGUUCACGUGCAUAUUGAAGAUUGGCUUGGAUGAGCUUCUCUCUUGGGAUCUCUACCUUCUCCUCACCCUUCUUCGCGAAUGUAAUAGUACCUUCGGUCAAAUUCACUUGCCAGCCUCGCUGAAGGAUU